AUGACGGGGCUGAUUCCAGAUGGCUUUUCUGAAAUUUUAUUAAAGACUGCUCUACAUGGGGCCUGUGUCAACAGCCAUGUGGAAGUAAUAACACUUCUGGCAGACAGAAAGUGCCGGCUUGACGUCCGUGACAGUGAAAACAGGACACCUCUGAUGAAGGCUCUACAAUGCUGGAGGGAGGCUUGUGCAAAUAUUCUGGUAGAUUCUGGUCCCAGUCCAAAUAUUGUAGAUGUGUAUGGCAACAUGGCUCUCCAUUACACUGUUUAUAGUGAGAAUUUGUCAAUGGUGGCAAAACUGCUGUCCCGUGGUGCAGACAUCGAAGUGAAAAACAAGGCUUGCCUCACACCACUUUUACUGGUCAUAACAAAAAGAAGCAAGGAAAUUGUGGAAUUUUUAGUGACAAAAAAUGCCAAUGCAAAUGCAGUUGAUAAGUUUAAAUGCAUUCAUCAACACCUUUUGGAAUAUGAACAAAAGAUAUCUAAAAAUCUUCAAAAUAGCAAUCCAGAAGGAACAUCUGAAGGAACGCCUGACGAGUCUGAACCCUUGGCGGAAAGAAGCCUGAGUAGGCUGAACACUUGGUGGAGGGAGCGCCUGAUGAGGCUGCACGCUUGGCGAAAGGAACACCCAACGAGGCUACACCCUUUGUAGAGGGAACAUCUGAGAUUAUCGCAUAUCCUAGAAAAGAAACAUCUACAAAAGCAAAUACAAAUGGUAAGAUGCGUGAGUGAAUUUUGUAGGGUUUAUUGGCACUUUGCGUUUCCAAGCGGAAAUAGUGUGAUAUGGGAGUAGUUGGGAAUGACUUGAAUAUGUAGAUAAGGCAAGCUUAGGCAACACUUUUUAAUAGUGUAGGAACGAGUAGAUCUUAUUCUGUAGGCCCCGGAAAAAUUCUUACAA